AUGUUUGGACCAGUUACAAAGGACGAUUUGUAUGCCAUCGAAGAAGCAUACAAGCCGUAUGAUGUCCAGCCGGAGAUAUACAUGUGCGAACCUGCUGACAGAUCGGCAUUCGAUCUACUGUCAGAACACUACACGAUUACUGGUCACCUUUGCGAUUACCACAUGUCUCUUUCGGACUUCGACUAUCCUGACAUGGCGAAUGAUAUUGAUGUCUCCAUACUCGGUCUGAACGACCAUGAAACAUUCAUUCAAGCAUCAGUUGAAGGAUUUCGCAGCAAUGGACGCCCCGAAGGACUAUUGAAGCUGCUAGCAGAGAACGCUGCAGCUCGUCCGGAUACCCUCUUGUUCUCGGCUUCAAUGCAUGGCGAACUACUCGGUGCCGCAGGAAUGGCGAUAAUUGAUGUAGAAGACAGCAAAGUGGCUAUUCUCUACAUUGAUAGUUGUCUGCCACGCGCCAGAGGUAGAGGUAUCCACAAAGCAUUGCUCGUGAAAAGGCUUCGAGUUGCGAAAGAUCGAGGAUGUGAUCUAGCGAUUGCUUCUGCAAGAGAAGGAUCAAUAAGUGCUCACAACAUUCAAAAAGUUGGACUCAAACUGGCAUAUGGAUGUAAGAUUUACACAAAAGAUCGUUGA